CGUGUGUGUGUGUGCGCGCGCGCGCACAAAGAGACCUCCCUUCUCCUUUCUCUGGUUGUGAGAACAGAAACAUGUCCUUCACCCCUAACACUCACUGGCCAUGUUUCCAACUGUGUUUCUAUUUCUAUUGACUGUCCAAAGUCCUCGGGGGCAGGAGAUGACAGGUUAGGUGGACUUCGACACUCAGACACAGGGACCCAGCCCUCGCCCAGACCAACCCCCUGCUCCCUUCUCUAGUACCACCUGUCCAGUUGCCCCAGUUUAACCCCCCUUUCUCCUUGUGCGUGAGCUGCCUUCAGAAGCCAGAGUCGGUUCUCUACACCUUGAGCAGAAGUUCGCAUCUUAGCACAAACCCAAGUUCCAGCUAAGAAAAUCUAACUCAGUCCCAGGCCUAGCUCCAGCCCUCGGGGCCUACCCACCAUGGAGAAGGAUUUUCACGACAUCCAGCAGCUGGAUUCCGAGGAAAAUGACCAUCAGCUUAGUGGCAAUGAGGAACAAGGCACUCAUGGGCAGAAUCCUAGGACAGAAAAUCCAUUUUGGAAAGGGCAGCCUCCUUCCCAGCCCUUUCCACAGAGCCUCGGCUUCAGGCUCUACCUCAAUCUGCUUGCCCUGGCCUUCAAUGUCCUGCUGCUGGUGGUCAUCUGUGUGAUUUCAUCCCAAAGCAUGCGACUGCAAGAGGAGUUUUUGACCCUGAAAGAAAGUUUCAGCAACUUCUCCUCCAGCACCCUGAUGGAGUUCAGGGCUCUGGAUUCCCACGGAGGUGGCAGAGAUGACACAUUGACAUCCUUGGGAGCCAAACUGGAGAAAAAGCAGCAGGAACUGAAAGCAGAUCACUCCACUCUGCUCCUGCACCUGAAGCACUUCCCACUGGAUCUACAAAUCCUGACCUGUCAGCUGGCCUUCUACCAGAGCAAUGGCACAGAAUGCUGUCCCGUUAACUGGGUGGAGCAUGGGGGUAGCUGCUACUGGUUUUCUCGGGUUGGGCUGACCUGGGCUGAGGCUUCGGAGUACUGCCAGCUGGAGAAUGCCCACCUGCUGGUCAUCAACUCAUGGGACGAGCAGAAAUUCGUUGCGAAGCACACGGCCUCAUUUCACACUUGGAUAGGUCUCACUGACAGGGAUGGCUCCUGGAAAUGGGUGGAUGGAACCGAAUACAGAAGCAACUACAAGAACUGGGACUUCACUCAGCCAGAUAACUGGCAGGGCCAUGAACAGGGUGGAAGUGAAGACUGUGUUGAAAUCUUGUCCGAUGGGCACUGGAAUGACAACUUCUGCCAGCAGGUGAACCGCUGGGCUUGUGAAAAGAGGCGCAAUAUCACCCACUAGGAGCCUGCUCUACCGUGUCUUCCUAGUCUCCCCUCCACCCCUCACUGCGUCACCGCAACCUCCUCACUGGGGACAUUGAAGCAAGGAAGAGAAGAGAGUCCGUAGCAUGAGGAGGAGUUAUGGGAAAAUGGCAAGGGGGCGGCUUUAUUAUCUCACUCUUUGGGAAGGCUGGUAUUCUGGCUCUCUCCACAACACUGCAAUUGUUACAAAUUCCAGCCUUCAGAAUGUACUAGAAAAAAAAAGAAAAGAAAAAGUUGAUACUUGAAAGUCAUGUGGCCUGGGUAUUUGGAACUGGGGCAAAAGAGAGGGGGCUGGGAGGGUUUGGAGGAAGCCAGGUGUGAGUCCCUGAUGAUCAUUCUGUGACACACUGAUGUUCAGAGAGGGAGGCGGGAAACGGGAUCCUCCGUGGCUUGUGUCUAGAUGGUUAGAGCUGCUGUGGGGACCUCUGGAUUCAAGGCCUUCCCAAACUGUUGGCAAGGAAUGCUCUUACUCUAACCCAGACCCCUGGGGAAGGAGGGCACACACACGUGUGUGAGCACCCCCCAAGAUUCCCUCCUCCCUCCACUUUGCCCCAGAGUUAACCACUUCCAGGAUGUCUUGUUGGGGUGUUUCCUGUAUACCCACAUAUGCAAUGAUGCAGAGAAACAAAUACCCACUCCCCGGCACUUUGCAAUGUCUAUGAUUAUUCUGACAGACACUGCUACCUGAAAGGGUUUUACUUGCUUGAAUGUAGCAGCUGUAGAGAAAUCUGAAAUCUGAAUGUUCCCGGCUUUAUUUAAUUACUCACCACAAUAGAUAAAGAAUUGGCA